AUGGAGAAGCUAAAGAACAUCCUCUCGCCGGGACAUCGCCAGGACGAUGAUGUGCUGUACGGCGGUCAAGAGUCCGCGAACGAUCCAAAUCGCAAUACUGGAAACGAGACUGCGCAGUCAAGGCAUACCAGCACGGCUAUUCCCAUGACUUCGACAAUGGCUCGCGCUGACCCUACCCACAACACUGAGCCGCUUGGCGCUCAUGAUAAGACAGCGCAGUCAAGGCAUGCCAGCACGGCUAUCCCCAUGACGUCGACAAUGGCUCGCGCCGACCCUACCCACAAUACUGAGCCGCUUGGCGCUCACGGCAACGACGGCCUUCGACACGGCGAACACGGUGCAGCGGGUACUGGUUAUUCGUCAGGGGACAUGAACAAGCCGCUACCUGACGCCCCUGCAUCUGGCGCUAUGUCUGGUCAAGGAUACUCGGAUCGAACUCAUGGAACGGCCGGCACAGGGAGAGAAUUCCCCUUGUCUGGAGGAUCUUCGACUGGACAUACCACAGGCUCCGGGAUCGGCGGAACAACGGCAGGCGAACCCGAGCUGGUGAAAGAAUAUAAGGCCAUGGCUCUGGACCACAGCCAUGGGGGUAUCGGCCACCAGUACCGCGGCGAGCGGAUGCAGCCACCAGAGCCGGCGCCUCAUUUCACCCGAGGACCCCAUGUGACGGAUACAGCGAACAGACUUGAUCCGCGCAUUGCCGCCACCCCUAUCACCGGUGAACCGCAGCCACUCUCCAGCGUGGCCACUGAAAUAAUUGGAGCCCGCAGCACGGCUACUGACCAGCAAGGCUACGGCCGCGAUUCUGGACUUGCUGGUGCGUCCACAAUGGGCACCAGCACCGGUUACGGCAGCACUACCCAUUCUUCCGACUUAGCUAACAGGGCCGACCCACGGGUGGACUCCGAUCGUGACAACUCCCGCGGUAUGGGUGCCACUUCCACCGGCGCGGGCUAUGGCAGUACGACUUCCGGUCCUCACUCCUUUGAUUCGGACCGUGACGGGUCCCGCCUCGCGGGCGGUGCUACUACAGGCGCUGGCUACGGCGGCACUACCGGAUUCAUUAGUAAGGCAAAGGAAAUGCUUACCGGAGGAGGCAAGUCUCAUGAGGACACCACUUCUUCCAGCUACGACACCACCAGCCGUAGCACGACCGGCCAUGACACCUCUGGCUCGCACUCCUCGAGCUUGGCCAAUCGGGCAGAUCCGCGCGUUGAUUCUGAUCGAGAUGGUUCCCGCGUUAUGGGUGCCGGUACUACCGGCACCGACUAUGAUAGCUCGAUGACUGGGGGCACAGGUUUACAGCACCGUGGCUCUGGCGCACGAGCUGAAACUACGGCACAGACUUCGACUCCCAGGAUCACUGAGCCCCACCGGUCUGAGAUGAUGAAUAGAAUAGAUCCCCGCAUCGACUCCACUCCAUCGGCUACGGGACAAAGCGAUCGCCGUACUAGUCGGGACGCAGCUCUGGCCGGAGGUGCCGGAGCGGCUGGUGCAGCAGCAUAUGGAACUAGCAGAGAUCGCCCACACCAUGAGCACGGUUCGCCCAUGACGGGUUCUCACGGUCGCAACCCCUAUAGCUCUACCGCGAUCGAUCCACGCGUCGAUGCCACACCUCGUGCAUCUCAAGCUACUACCAGUCACCAUGGACGUGAUGCUGCCCUUGCCGGUGGAGCUGGUGCUGCCGGCUUAGGCGCAGGCGCUUAUGCAGCAAGUAGAGGCAGUGAGCCCAGUCCGCGCUCUAGCUAUGACAACCAGCGGACUGCUGGGCAAGCCGGCUACAACACUUAUCAGGACCCACGGACCGCCUCUAUCGGUGCUGCAGGUGCGGCUGGCGGAGCUGAGUACUCCAAGCGGGACGCUGAGAAAGCUGAGGCGGAGAGAAUCAAGGCGGAGCAAGUUCACCAGAAGGAGCUGGCGAAGGAGCAGCGACACCAUGAAAAGGAGGUUGCGAAGCUCGAGAAGGAAGAGGAGAAACACGAGAAAGAGGCGAGGAAGGCUGCGCACAAGCAUGACGACGGAAAAGACUCUACAGAUAAGGAGAAGCACCAUGGUCUCCUCGGUCUCUUCCGCCGCAACAAGGAUGAAGACCAGACCACGGCAGCUGAUCCCGCCGCGCAACGGUAUCAGCGCGAGAUGGCGGGUGAUCCGACGACCAACGUUAGGAGCGUCGCAGAUCCGCACGCCCACGAUCAUGACAGGAACCUGGCAGCGGCUGGUGGUGCGGCCGCUCUGCCACAACAUCAGCGUGAGGAUCCCUAUGACCCAACUACCAACGUCAGAGGCGGUGCGGAUCCGUCACACCAUGAUCGUGAGGGGAACCUGCCGGGAUAUCAUCGCGAAGGUGCCGGUGACCCGACUGCCAACGUGAAGAGCGUUGCGGAUCCGCAUGCCCAUGAUCAUGACAGGAACAGGCUGCACAAGGACCCACCUCCAGGCUAUGCCGGCGCAGUACAGUACCCCUUCGUCAGCACGCUGGCACUGACGGGCCGAUCGGCGAUUCUAGUCGGCUUUCCGGCGAACGGUACUGACAACGGCAUUGUCAUCGAACCCAUCACCGGCCUGCCUAUGAAUGUGGGCAAAUACGGUUCAGGCUACGGCGGUACGGAUGGCAACCCGGUUAUCGAGGGCUACAAUGGCGAUAGCCGGGGCCCGUCAGUCGCCAGCGGUGCGCCGACCGGGAGCAGCACGCUGACCGGGCGCACUGGAGCGGACUAUGACAAUACUAGGAAGGACAAUGCUCCUUACUAA